AUUUAAAGAGUAGGCAUAGAUAUAAUUCAUAGUUACGUUUGUCAGUAGAACACAUCAUAAAAACAAAGAGAGGUUUUGUUCUGACAGCACACUCGACAUUUUUCGAAGUGAGAGUUAUCUAGAAAGCUCUAAUCAAUAAUGGUGUCAUUUCUUCACACACUUCUAGCCUUUCCUUUAUUGGUGUUAUUCCUUUUCAUGAAAUACAAAACCAGUAACAAGAACUCACCAUCAACCUUUCCAAGAGGUCCAAAAGGCCUUCCCAUACUUGGAAACCUCCAUCAACUUGACAUUUCAAAUCUCCAUAUUCAGUUCUGGAACCUCUCAAAAAUUUACGGUCCUCUUUUCUCCCUUCAAAUUGGUUUCAAGAAAGCCAUAGUUAUUUCCACACCUAAACUAGCUCAACAAAUUCUCAAAGAUCAUGACCAUGAUGUAUCCAGUAGACCCCCAUCACGUGGCACACAAGCACUGUCUUACAAUGGCAUAGACAUGAUAUUUUCACCUUACAAUGAUUGUUGGAGAGAGAUAAGAAAAAUCUGUGUUGUCCAUUUCUUUAGCUCCAAAAAGAUUUCUAGCUUCUCUCAUAUUAGAAAAUCUGAGGUCAAGAAAUUGAUUGAAAAGAUAUCUAAGCAUGCUGACUCUUCCAAGGUUUCAAACCUUAGUGAGAUUCUCAUGUCACUGUCAAGCUCUAUGGUGUGUAGAAUUGCUUUUGGAAAAAGUUAUGAAAAUGAAGGAGGUGAAAAAAGCAGGUUCCAUGAUUUACUUAAUGAGACGCAGGUCAUUUUCCUUUCCUUUUAUGUUUCAGAUUAUAUUCCUUUCAUGGGAUGGAUUGAUAAACUCACAGGCUCAAUUGCUCGUGUUGACAACACUUUUAAGUCCUUGGAUGCAUUUUUUGAACAAGUUCUUAAGGAACAUCUCAAUCCUAAUAAUAGCAAGAAAGAAGAACAAGAGAAGGAUAUAGUUGAUGUGUUGCUUGAGUUAAAAAAUCAAGGUCAUCUCUCAAUUGAUCUCACCAAUGAUCACAUCAAAGCUGUCCUUAUGAACCUACUUGUGGCGGCUACUGACACAAGUGCAGCCACAUCAGUUUGGGUGAUGACUGGACUAAUGAAGAAUCCAAGAGCAAUGAAGAGAGCUCAAGAAGAAGUUAGAAGCGUUUGUGGGAAAAAAGAGUUUAUAGAUGAAGAUGAUAUUCAAAAGCUUGUAUAUCUCAAAGCUGUGAUAAAAGAAACACUAAGAUAUUAUGCACCAGCACCACUAGCCCCAAGAGAGACCAAAAGAGGUUUUGUUCUAGAUGGAUAUAAAAUAGAACCAAAAACGUUAGUGUAUGUGAACAUUUGGGCUAUUCAUAGGGAUCCCGAGACAUGGAAAGAUCCAGAAGAGUUUUAUCCCGAAAGAUUCUUAAACAAUGAUGUUGAAUUUAAAGGACUAGGUUUUGAGUUGAUUCCGUUCGGCGGUGGACGUAGAAUUUGCCCCGGUAUACCAUUGGCAAUCGCUACAUUAGAAAUGGUGACUGCAAACCUUCUCAAUUCAUUUGAUUGGGAAAUGCCUGAAGGGAUGACAAAGGAAGAUAUUGACAUUGAAGGGUUGCCAGGACUUGCUAGACACAAGAAGAAUCACCUUUGCAUUGUUGCAAAACAUCACAAUUGAAUGCCAUAAGGCACUGUUUCUAAGUAUUGUAUCUAUCUGUUAGACUUCUCCUUAAGAAAAUGUUAUGUUUUAUUUAUUUGUAGGGUUUAUGUUUUGAAUAAAAGGGCAUGGAGGAGUUGAUUAGAUUAUAAUUAUUGAGUGGUUAACAAUUGGGAAGAUGAGAGGUCAAGGCUCUCGAAAUCCUUGAUAGGAAUUGUGUCUUUUGCACUUUUGUUUUUGUUUGGAUAUUUCCAAUUCUAUAGAAGUGUGUGAUUGUGUUCUA